AUGGUUGGGGUUUUAUGGUCGACGAAGAGAGACAGUGGCCUAUGGUUCGGAUCUAAGGAUUGGAGAGAGUGUCGGCUUGGGAUACAGUUAUUACCGUUACUUCCGGUGUCGGAAAUUCUGUUCUCGGAUGUGAAAUUCGUGAAGCAGCUCGUGAGUUGGACUUUGCCGGCGUUGCAGAGAGGUGACGUUGGAGAAGGAUGGAAAGGGUUCGUUUAUGCUCUGGAAGGUGUUUACGACAAAGAUGAAGCGAUCGAGAAGAUCAGAGGGUUGAACAAGUUUGACAAUGGAAACUCUCUGAGUAAUCUUUUGUGGUGGGUUCACAGUAGAGACUGUGAUGAUGAAGACGGUAAAGACACCUUGAAAUAUGCUUGGAGCCCUAAAAGGCCAAAACGCUUCACGCCCAGAUUUUUUUUUAACGUUUCACCGCCGUUACUGUGUGCUUCCUGGGCUCUGGCCGCGCCGCUCUUUCUCUUUCUCUGGAAUUCGCUGAUCGCCGUCGAUUCCUUCCUCUCAGAAAUCAGAUCCAGUAAAAUGGCAUUCUGCAAUAAACUAAGCCGCCUUGUGAGGCAUGGAGCUUCACAGAGCGAGAACGCCUCCAUGAUCGUCUACGUCAAGUCUUUCUCAUCAGACGCCACCCACCAUAGAUACCACCUGGAGACGCACAGCUUUCUGGAGCCGGAGAGCUAUCUCGGCAGCUGGGAAACCCCGAACGAUCCCAAAGAUGCAGAGAGGAUGCUUACACAGCUCAGGAGAGAUUACGCAAAGAAGGUGAAAGUGUAUCGUAGAGAGUACAUACACGAAAUUGAGAUGCUUCGUGUCGAGAAGCAGCGUAAGGAUGAGGCUAGAUUGCUGGUUGAAAAAGCCGCUAAUGAGGAGAGGCGGCGGUUGAAGGCUGAGGCAGCUAAGGUUAGGGCUGAGGAACGCAAGAUUGCUGAGGAAGAGUUUAGGCAAACCCUGAUGAAAGAAAGAGCUGAGAAGCUGGAGGCGUGGAGAAUGACGGGGAAAAGAAUAGAGGAGAAGAAGAAAGAGAAAGAAGAGCUACUGCAUGCGAAGAGUUCAUUGUGGAUCGAACCAAAGGAACUGGAGAAGAAGAUUACGGAAGUCCUCGUUGAGCCCACACCUCUCUAA